AUGGCGACAAACUUUGACAUGAACAAUAUGACCGUUGAACAACUUAUGGCGCUUAGUGAGAUAAUUGAUGAUAGCGACUAUGAGGAAAGUUUUGAGGAUGAAGUGGAGAGAAUAUCUGAGGAUAAGUUUUAUCGAGUUGCACCUAAGGAUAAGGGCAAAGAUCCCUUUGAAGGAGAAAGACAAUUCAUAGAUGAAGGUGACCGUUCUACAGACCCAAAAAGACCAAGGAGACUCCCACUAAACUACAAGGGUAAGAGGGGAAUAAUGCCGACAUGGAAAUAUUCCGAGAGACAGAAGGCAAAGGCUUUACUAGUCGAGGAGGCGUAUCAGAGCUUACUUAGUAGAGGAGUUGAAGGUCUACCACCAACAAUGGGAGGUAGAUGGAGAACGGAUGAUCCUCAGGUAAAUGCGGAGAUGAAGAGGUUAGAGAACCUUAGGAACCCCAAGCGUCCAAGAGGCAGACCACCAAAGGCCAAGGCUGACGGUGCUGUUAAGGCUCCCCGAGGACGACCACAAAAGGUUAAGUCCGACGCUGAGGUUGUGAUUCCAAAGAGACGUGGAAGACCACCAAAGGUUAAGUCUGACGCUGAUGUUGUGAUUCCAAAGAAACGUGGAAGACCACCAAAGGUUAAGGUAGCUGAAACACCAAAACCUAAGGUCAAAAGACAGACUGUCGCGGAGAGGUUCAUAAGUCAAAACCGAAUAAAACUCUCGAUUCCUGCGGAUAGUGUGAUAACUCAAGUGGGACCAGGUAAGUUCACGGUGACUGUGGAUCUUAGUAAGAAACCAACACGGAAAGCUCCUGAGGUACCGAAGGGUGUGGUUCCAUGGAAACCUGUUCCUAAGCCUAGAACUGUGAUCCCUAAGGAAAGACCUGUUCCUAAACCUAGAACUGUAUUCCCUAAGGAAAGACCAGUUCCCAAACCUAGGACUAAAAAGCCAGUGCCUCCUCCAAAGUUAAGGAAGUCUGAGAAGGUAACUAAGGAAGUCGGGGAACAGCCAGUAGUGGUCUCACCAGAGAAACAUGAAAUUGAUCCUUUUGGAACAUACCUUGAGAAGCCAUCCUAUAGGAAAAUAGAAACUGCCGCAAAUGGAGCAGCUGUGACUUACUCGAUAACUCCAAAUUAUAUGGAUCCCCUGGACCAGAUGACCGCAAGUAGGCAGGUGGUGAGGGGAGUACUAGUGAACGAGUUGAAGAGAAUGGGAGGGCUGAAAUAUACGGAAACCAUCAAGGUAAGAAUGUCGAAGGAAAUUGGAAAUGACAAAACAAAGAAGGAUUCAAUAUACUUCAAAUCAAAAACAGGAACUGCAACCAACUUCGAGGAUAUCGAAAGCACUGCAGCCCAAAACCAACUGACAAUCUUAUCUAGAAUUGAAACCUUCCAGAACUUAGGUUCAAAUUGGAUUAUCCUAAACAUUGAAAGCCACUACGUUAAUAUUGCGAUGUAUAAACCUCUAAAGGGAAGUUCUUAUAUGAAAUUACCCGCAGACAUUAGCAAUCCAAAAUGUGGUUUAAUUAACAUGAAAAACAACGACGAGAAAUGUUUUAUGUGGAGUCAUGUAAGACAUGUAAGACCAAAGGCUAGGAGAGCAACCACCAUAACACGACAGGACAUAGAGUUCGCGGAAAACCUAGAUUAUGAGGGAAUAGACUUCCCCGUGAAAAUAAGCGAUAUUGAUAAAAUUGAGAGGAAGAACUCAAUAAGCAUAUCAGUGUUUGGUUAUAAGGGUAAGAAGCAGUUCUAUCCAAUUAGAAACUCCAAAACAAAAUAUGACGAGCAUAUGGAGCUGCUGCUGUUAGGUGACAAUGAAGGUGGUAACCAUUACGUUCUAAUAAAGGAUGUAAAUAGAAUGCUCUUUAGUGUUAGCGGAAACUCGAACAAGAAACACUUCUGCCUACACUGCCUCCAUAGUUGCGUCAGUGAAGAAUCAUUGAAGAAACAUAGUGAAACGUGUAUUGAGGUAAAUGGAACUCAGGCCACAAAGCUUCCAAGUGAGGGUACAAAAAUAAAGUUUAAAAAUCACAGGAACUCGAUGCCCGCACCCUUUGUGAUCUAUGCUGACUUUGAGUCUAUGCUAGUUCCUGAGGAGAGAAAAGUUGACUCUGAAGACACUGAGGAAAAGAGUACAACAGAACUUUACCAAACACAUAAAGCUUGUAGUUUCGGGUUGAAAACGGUGUGCCACUAUGAUGAUCAGUACUCCGGUGAAUACGUAAGCUACGUUGGUGAAGACGCUACAGAGGUCUUUUUGAAGACCGUACUGAAGGAGUCCAUUAAGUGCAGAGAGAUGGUAAAUAAAAUCUUCAAGAAAAAGAUGGUAAUCACACCAGAGCAAGAAGCUGAGUUCUGGAUGACAAGGAACUGCUCCAUAUGUGGCAACGACUUAGGUGAUGAUAGAGUGAGAGACCACGACCACGUAACUGGACUGUACCGUGGAGCUGCCCAUAAUAUGUGCAACCUAAAAUAUAGAAUCACAUGGAAAGUUCCAGUGGUCUUCCACAACCUAAGAGGUUAUGAUAGCCAUCUAAUAAUGCAGGAAAUUGGUAAGUUUAAGAUGAACAUCAACGUGGUCCCAAAUAACAUGGAAAAAUACAUUUCCUUCUCACUAGGUAAAAGUCUUGUGUUCAUUGACUCAAUACAAUUCAUGGCUUCUUCCCUGGAGGCACUUGUGAGUAACCUUUCACCUGAAGACUUCAAGAUAGUCGGUCAGCGGUGGCAAGGUGAGGACUUAGAUCUUGUGAGACAAAAAGGUAUAUUCCCUUAUGAAUACCUGGAUGACAUAAGUAAACUUGAUACUGAGGGACUUCCAAGUAAAGACAAAUUCUACUCAUCACUAUAUGAGUCUGAAGUGAAAGAAGAAGAUUACCAGAGAGCUCUAAAAGUCUGGGAUCACUUUAAGAUGAAAACAAUGAGAGACUACCACGAUCUCUACCUGGAGACUGACGUUCUUCUUCUAGCAGAUGUUUUUGAGAAUUUCAGGAGGACUUGUCUGGAAAACUAUAAGCUUGACCCUGCUCACUACAUAUCAGCACCAAGUCUAAGUUGGGACGCAUUCCUAAAACAGUCAGGAGAGGAAAUAGAAUUGGUAAGCGAUAUGGACAUGUUCCAGUUCUUUGAGAAGGGAAUGAGAGGUGGGAUAAGUCAUAUUGCCCACAGACACUCUACAGCAAACAAUAAGUACAUGGAAACGUACGACGAAGAGGCUGAAAACAAGUUCCUUAUGUACCUCGACGCCAACAAUUUAUAUGGCUGGGCAAUGUCUCAACCUCUGCCUAACGGUGAAUUUGAGUGGGUUGAGGAAGUUGAUAAAAUAAACCUAGAUGAUUACCUUGAAGGUGGUGAAAGGAGUAUGGUCCUUGAGGUUGACAUGGAAUAUCCAGAAGAACUUCAUAAUUUACAUAACGGUUAUCCUCUAGCCCCGGAGAGUAAGGAGAUCGACGCGUCAAUGUUGUCAGAUUACGCAAAGAGUAUUGCUGAGAAAUUCCAGCUUACGGUUGGAGGAGUAAGAAAACUGGUGAACUCACUAGGUCCCAGGAAGAACUACGUCCUACAUGCCCGUAACUUGAAACUCUACAUGGAUCUCGGAAUGAAACUCCUAAAGGUCCAUAGAGCAGUCUCCUUCAGGCAGUCAACUUGGCUGAAAAACUAUAUUGACUUCAAUACUCAAAAACGGGCAGUAGCCAAGAAUGCGUUUGAGAAAAACUUCUUCAAACUUAUGAACAAUUCCAUCUACGGAAAGACCAUGGAAAAUUUGAGGAAGAGAGUUGAUGUAAAAUUAGUGUCAUCGGAAAAUGACCUAUUGAAACUUACAGCGUCGCCGUGCUUCCAAUCACAUAGGAUUAUGAAUGAGAACUUAAUUGUGGUAAAGAGAAUGAAGGAAGUUCUAACUCUGAAUAAACCGUGCUAUGUGGGAAUGAGUAUAUUGGACUUGUCUAAGACUCUGAUGUAUGACUUCCAUUACAACACAAUCAAGAAGGAGUACGGGGAUAAGUCGAAGCUUCUAUUCACAGACACUGACAGUCUAAUGUACGAGAUUAAGACUGAUGACGUGUACGAGGACUUCGAGAGGAUUGGCAAAGAGAAGGACUGCUGGGACAACUCAGAUUAUCCGAAAGAUUCUCCAUAUUACUCAGCUCACAAUAAGAAGGUAAUUGGAAAGUUUAAGGACGAAGCUGAAGGAGUACCAGUGAUUGAAUUCGUAGGGUUAAGGUCAAAGAUGUACUCCUAUGUAAAGGAGAGCGGUGGAGGUGGAAUGACAGCAAAAGGUGUGAAAAAGUACGUGAUUAGAAACAAACUCACUCACGAAAACUUUAAGAACGUAAUCAAGACCAAGGGUAGGAUGAGACAUAAGAUGAACACGAUUAGAAGCAUCAAACAUAAAAUCGGAACUUACGAACUGAAGAAAAUUACACUCAGCUGUUUCGAUGAUAAAAGAUACCUACUUGAAGAUGGUGUUACAAGUUACGCGUACGGACAUCACUCAAUAGGAAAAGUAAAUUGUUAAAUAAUGUUGAAAAAAAUAAUGCUGAAAAAUAACAGAAAAAUAACAGAAAAAAAUAAUGCCAAAAAUAAUAGAAAAAAAUAAUGCCAAAAAUAAUAGAAAAAAUAAUACCAAAAAUAAUAGAAAAAUGGUCUAGAAAAAUAUGAGCCCGCGUUUUUGAGGGAAAAAUAUGGAAACCGCUGACCGGAAGUUGGGUUAGAUCGCGGGCCGAAAAAGUGGUCUAGAACCCUCAUUCCCUAUACUACUGGAAGUCCUGAAGGACAUGUAUAAAGUAACAAAUUUAUUGGGAAUUUGAUAUAUAAAUGUAAGCAAAAACCAGAUUUAGGGACCAUUCAUUAUUUAUGACUGGGGGUGGGCUGGCAAAAAAGGGGGUGGGUCAUGAGGUAUUUUUGACCGAAAAAGGGGGGGGGGCACCUAAAAAUAUUGGUUCAAAAGGUGGGUCCAGUUAUUUAUUAUAGUGGAGAAUAAUCCGACAUGUAACAAUUAUUGCUACCACAGGGAGCGAGCAAGGCAGAAAAUCUAAUUCAUGCAUGUAUAGCUGGCAAAAUUCUCAAUUUUAAUCAACAGAUAGACCCAAAAUGCAAUGCACAAAUACCUAAAAUGCAAUGCGUACAGCCAAUAUGAAAAAUAAUCGAACAUCUACCUUAUAACUUUUGCCAUGAACUUGCCAUAAAUUUUUGUCAUAUUUCAAUUAUGUACAUUUUAAUAAAAAAGAUAAUUAACGAGUAAGCGAUGCAGCAACAUUACGUCCAGGGAAGGUUUGGCAUAUACUAUAUACACUAGUUUAUACUAGGUAUUUUAUACAUGGUUUUAUUUAGUAUUAAGGAGUUUGUCGAUUUACCAUGUCACGUGCGAGCCCAAGUCAAAUGUCCGAGUCACCAGCUGUUUAGCGGUCUUUGUAGUUCAUUGACGUAGUACCCUAACCUAUACUCCUGAUCCAGGGCCGCAGCUUGCUAAUAAUCAUUCUUUUUCCAAAACCAUGCAGACCUUUACAUUUAAAUAAUAUAUCUUUAAAAUACUGACAAUUGAUUAAUUUUAAGCGGCUACAUUAUCCAUGAGAAACUGCAAAGAAUGAAGAUAUUUCUCAUACUUUCCUGCAACUUAUCCAAUAUAUAGUUAAUUAAAUACGUAUUUGCCCAGUUAGUGCCACUAAAUUGUAAAUUUUGGCAUACUGAAAUGCUGUUUUCUGACCAUCACAAUUCUGUCAAAUCUUCCCUAAAGUCCCUGAAAUGCAUGCAUUUCAGAGACUCUAAAUUUAAAAUUUCCUCGGGCCUUUGGCCCUCGCUUUCAGCUCUUACAGGACUGUAUUACCCUUUAUAAAUUACCCUUUUCCUUUUUGAGCAACUUUUUAUGACUACACUCUUAGUAGCGAAAAACCCAGUAUGACCCCCAGCUUCAGCCUCUUCGGCACUCUGCAGCUUAAUGGGUUAACCAAAAAAUCUGACUAUGUCUCUACUUGUUGUGGUGGGUUAUUAUUUUUUAGAAUUCAUGUAAAGGGGGUCAUUGAAUAUUUUUGUGAUGCAGGAGGUGGGGCAGGACAUUUUGUUCAGUUGUUAAUUGAAUUUUGCCAGCCCACCCCCGGUCAUAAAUAAUGAAUGGUCCCUUAGGAGUUUAAUUAAAUUAGGCAAAUAACGUAAGUCUGUACUGGGUGUGUGUUCACCUAUUUGUUUACAUUUGCAGUUACAUAAUUGGUUCAUGAUUUAUGAAAUUUGAUAAUCAUUAGUCAUGGCAACGAGUCGCUAAUAAUUUUAGGGUAUUACUAAUAUUUUUUCUGAAAUACUUCAUUUGUCAGUUGUGUCUUAUAGUAUAUAGCCUAACUAGAAAUACAUGCAUGCAGUAACCCCUCGCCAAUAUUUCCACACAUUAAACAUGAAGUAUUCAGAAAUGACCAGCACUGAACGCAGGCUCACGCUCAAGUGUUGCCAUGACAACACGAUAUUCUUAAAUUUUUAUUUUCAUAUAUUUUGUCACAGAAUAGAUACAGGACCAGAAGUGUCACUUAGACGAUAUUUUGUCCGAAAUUUUACGAGUGCUGACGUGAAAAUACGCCAUCAUAUGACGCCAUCCUGGAGUGCACACGGAAGUUUUUCAUAGGAAAACAUAGGUACAAAGUGCCGGGUGCAUCCAGGAUGGCGUUUUCUUUCAGCCAAAACAAAUAGGAGUGACACUUCUGGUCCGGUAUUUAUUCUGUGAUUUUGUACAAGACUGCAAAAUAGUUGACGAAAGAUUCGUACUUUUAACUAUACAACAAUAAAUUUCCGAAAUACAUACUGUAGGUAUAUUAUUUUGCAUUUUGUCAGCUUUGAUUUAAUGUAAAAUUUAACUUGAAACGCUUCCUAAAAUGUUUUGAAAUGUUCAUUCCGGCAAGUAAACCUACAUUUUGCCGAUAAACUGUUUUUACUUAACAAAACAUGAUAAGUUUAAUACAAAUAAAAUAAAAUUGUUAGGUAAUUUGAGUUCAGUCUUCAAAUCAAUUUGUUCGCCUUUACAUUUUAAGAUUUUUUCUCAAAUUAAACGGUAAUUUAUGAAACUUAGAGCUUCUAUAGUUCAUGUUUUUUAUUACGUAAAAAGUUAAAGCAAUAAAAUUCGUAAACAUUUUAAAAAUAUUCAAAGCAAAUUUGCCGUAGAUUUCCCGAUUUCCCGUAGUAAACCAAUUCUUCUCAUUUCUUCAAACAAAAUUGCUUCAAGCUUGUUGUAUAUGAAACGAUUUUCCAAAUAUAUGUCUUUUAAAAUUGAAAUCUUGCUUGCCAUAUUUUUGAGAUAAGUGAGGAUGACCACCCACUCAAGAUCGUCGUUCGUUGGUCAGCGCCCGCGAUGAUUGAUGAACUUUAGACUUCGCUAAUGCUUUCGUGUCUCCGGGUGUAAAUAGCCUGGGGGAAUUAGUACCCUCGCACGGCGCGUCGCGCCGUGGGGAUAAAUAUCUUGGGAAAAAAGAUGUAAUUGUAUCAUGUCUAAUAGCUUUGGUUCAAUACAAUUGGCAACAUCAGCAACUGGGCUGUCUUAGAAUUCAUGGAAGAUCUUUGCUACAAUCCCAAGAAAGCAUGCCUUGUACCAGGAGAUUAACUGAUUCUCUACUUCAACCAGAUUAACCACACAAAUGUUAUUGUCGUACCAUUGUGACUGCUACCCUUUUUACAAAUAAUACACUCAUAAUUUCCAUGAUGAUGUUCAAUUAUUCCACUUACUGAGAAUACAAUAAUUACUUCUUCCCAUAAAAAUUAUUUUGGAUUUUAUUGAAGUAUUAUUAUUCACAGCCGGUCUGGAAAAGUAGGACUAAUAUCGUGUGUUUUGAUGCAUCAUACUUUUCUCAGUAAUGUCACUCUGUAAUUUAUGUCAGUAAUUUCCUAGGAAAAUUAAAAAUCUAUUCAGUCCUAUCUACUAUGCAGAGUUUUAUUUAAUAUAUUGAGGAGGUAGGGCUUAACAGAGAGAUACAGAGGCUUAAUAAAUAUGGUUACACUGAAUAUUAUCAGUAAGUAAAUUUCAUUUUUUACAUCCCGAAACAAAAGAUCGCCAUGUUGUGCAUGAAUUAUAUGUCACUUUCACUUGUCACAGAGUGAACAUACCAAAUUCAAACAAACAUUCACUGGCUGUUUCUAGAUGAAAUAAUCAACAGAUUUUUUGUGCAAAUAAUAUAAUUCAUGAGGGGAAAAAAUGAAUAUUUUUGUGUGCACUUAGUUUCAAGACCAGCUAGGGGAAGCCUCGCAUUGCCUCGGAAGGUCAUCUCCAAUUGGAUGGAGGGGGGGAGUUCUAAAGAACGAAGCAAUUCAUUGUUGUAAACACAAAUUAAAAGAAAUUGUCAAAUCGAGCCAAUGAAAAUCACUCUUCCGAACUACUGCGAGACUAUCCCCAGCUAGCGGGGUUGAAACCAAUUUUCCCAGUUAUGAUUGGAGCUGGUGAGAACAUACCUUACUUUUGAACACAAAAUGACAUGGGACUUCAUCUAGGUGGCAAUAUAUUGGCAUUCACCCAGACCAUGGCAAUAUCACACAAUAUACAAGAAUGUACCCAUGCAGGUUCUGCCUUCUUACCAGCACAAUUGAUCAAGUCAUACACAUUCGUUACUGCCAAUCUCUUUAUUAUUUAUGUCGCAUUACAAUUGGUAUGUACAAUAUAUUUUCAUUAUCAGUAUCAUUACAACUUGUGCAUCACCUGCAGUAUCAUCACAACUUGUAUUUCACUAGCAUCUUCAUUAUUAUCACCAUUGUAAUUUUAUUUAUAGUCAAUCACAAUGAAUCAAAAAUUUCCUAUCACACUACUCAUAUUACGUACUUAAUUGCCCAAGGUUAAGGCCAUUUCACAGCACUCCAGGAUCUGAAAACCUGCAACCACCUUUUGGAUCUUAUUCUAAAACAGAAACAAACGACAAAUGUCUUACUGGAAUAUCAUUUCCAUAAAAUGACUGUCAUUUGAAAUCACAUUCUGCUGUACUAGUAACAGCACAACUGCUCAACGUCACAACUAAGGUAAAUAAUAGGGAUGUAGUAGGCCUAAGUUAAUAUUGAUUACUGGUAAUUGUCAGAUUACUGAUUAUUGGUUAUUGGAUGAGUCAGAGACCAAUGGUUGGAAUGAGGGCAGUUAAUUUGUAAUUCUUGCAUGUAUUCAUUUAUUAACUUUUGACUACUGUACCCACCGGGCACACAGCGUUGUUUCAACGUUGAAAUUUGGUAGAAAAAAGGUUGCGACGUCGGCAACCUAAUAUCUACGUUGCUCUGACGUUGUUUUGAAAACAUUGGUUCAACAGCAGCCAACAGACGUUGAAUCAACGUUCAUUCAUGGUUAAAUGGACGACGUCGAUUUGUGAAGUAAUCUCAACGUUGUUUCAACGUUGAUUCAACGUUGAAUUAUGGUUGACGAGAUUGGCAACCUAAUUUCAACGUUGUUUCAACGUCGAAACAGUAACAUCGAUCCAAUUUGUCAACCCCUUUUCAACGUCUAUCCAACGUCUGGAAGGUCAUUUCCAACGUUGAUUCAACGUUGAAUAAACGUCAUUUGCCCGCUGGGUAAUAAUCAGCCAGUUAAUAAGUGUUAGAUGAGUUGUGAUUUGUAUUAUUUUAUUUCAUUUCUCUGCGCGAGGUAGGGAAUCGUUUACAAUCAAUCUCUAAUGACUAUCAGUUCUUAAUGUUCGUCUUCGUGGAGUAGUUUUCUAAGUUCACUUCAGCCUUGAGCAGGUUUUCACCGUUCGUGAUAUGUUCGUUAAUUUCUUCGUCGUUCGUUUGUUUUGUUUUGAGUUUCUGCAGCUUUUCAUCAGUUAAGCUUUAUUCAGCAUACGUCCACUGACGACUUUCGAUUGUGCACGUCCUUUUAUACUAACGGUUGAGGGAAUCUCUGUACACGUGAUCUAACAGUGGUAUGAUCUGUAUCCAGCCAAUCAACGUUGAGCUAUGGAAGAGUUGGUUGGCUUUGCUAGCUCGUUCCAGCCAUCAAUUAUGUUUAUUUAAGGCGUUGUCACACUUGUCGAGUCGGUUCGCUAACUUCGCUGUUAAAUCGAUCAAUGCCAAAACAGGUUCACAACUUUAAAUACUUAUGCAGGUCUUAUAGUAAAAACUUCGAACUAUACCUAUGUGAACAUAACUUUACCUACAAGACUUAUUUACUCGUAAUUUUAUUGAACUAAGAUUCUGAUGACGUAAUAUUUUAAUUUCAUGACCGAGUGUUAUAGCUUGGGAUGACUCAUAUUUUACACCUGAAUCUGUCCACGUGAAAAGGUCAAUGUUCAUGAGACCCAAUUAAGGCAGCUGCCCUGUUUAAACAGAUCUGCUCACAAGACAAACUAUAGGAAACAGGUCAAUCAAAACAUGCAUGACAUUUUCACAUACACAACGGCAGCUAGUCUAACAAACUGCCAUAGCUUAAUGGAAGAAAUAAUUAAUGUUUUCCGAAGAACCGAAAUAUUUACAUUACUUUGAUUUGUGGCAAAAUAUCCAUUAUCUCUUCUCAUUAUGCUUAAAGUAAUAUUUGCUUGAACAAACAUUUCACCUGCUCUCAAGCAAAUAUUUUGUGUGUUUUUUUAUUUUUACCCUAAAAUUCUAUGUAUAAGAAAUAAUUUUUCGUAACAUAAGUAUUUUACUGAGUGUAGAGAUUGACGAUUUUACAUGUCAAAGAGAAUUCCACUUAUGAAAGACUGAAUAUUUUCUGAGCAAGCUGAAACAGAGGAUUUUGAUUUUAGUGAAGGAUGCAGAUUUAAUCUGAUUUAUAACAAAAAAUAUAUCAGGCAUGAAGGAGAGUUUAUAUCUAAAAGCGAAAGAUGGAGGAUUAAUGAAACGAAGAAAACUAAUUAUACAAACAGAGAGCCACGAAUCUGCUGGAAUUUAGGACUAUAGUUUAUAAACUGAUAAAUAUAUGAGAAUAUAAUUUUUAUAUAUUAAAUAUGCAUCAUAAAAUCGUACCUCGAAUAUACUGCAUUCGAUCUUUAUAGCAUUCAAAAUCCAUAUGGCUUCAAAGUUUACAAUUUCCAUCAAAAUAAAAACAAGCUUAAAAUCUGCUGCCUGUUGUUUUAACAUAUGAAUUUUAAAACACUUGUUAUACAUUUGUUCUGUCCCAUCCCCCGGUUCUAUAGUAGUUACGCAAUUUCGCGCCAUUUUGCUCGUUAUCGAGCUGUCAUUGGCUCCAGUUUCACUCACGGGGGGGGGGGCGUACAUUUUUAUAGGUCGUUUUUGUAAUGUCGCUCAUUCGAGCACACUUUUUUCACCUCUACUUGUUUAAGUUUUAUAUCUAAAUAAACGUAAAUACAGUUGGUUACACUGCUUCAACUGCUGAUGAAGGGCACCAAAUGUUUUACGAGGUCAGAAGGAUUAGAACAGUGUAAAAAGUGUAUCGCACAGCGUAAAAAUACGACGAAAUCGAGGGGUUUUGCGAAGCUAUAUCGUGGCGUCAAAUUGGGGAAAUAAUGUCUCGUAGUAUGGUUUCUAUCGCUACAAACGACAAUCUGGCCGUAACAGGCGCCGAAAUUGAAGAACAAAAUAAAGAUAUACAACCUUCUGAUACGCCCAAGGUUGUAAAAACCGAGUAUAAAAACCGAGUAAAACCGAGUAAACCGAGUAUGCCCAAGUAUAAAAACCGUGCAAACUAG